AUGCCGCUGGAAAUCGUAACAUCCCCCCUACGAUCCUGGGAAAGCAGCAUCGCCAUACUCAGUGGCAGGUCAACAACGAGGCCUCUAGCAUGGCCUGAACCAGAGCUGUCUACCGGCCGCUUCAUAAGCAAAGUCGGCAAGGAGCUAUGCUGGGUAGCCAAAGGCCCGGCGAGAGACGCAUUUGCGGUGCUGGCUCCAAAGAUCAAGGCAUACCUCGAGAGGUCAGUCGAACCAGUAUCGAGCUGGGUUACUUGGUCCAUCUAUAUGUUCGGCAAAUCGGAAAAAAGUGCCAGUCCGGCCAUACUGUUUUGCUGCGAAGUCAUUGCGCAUCGCAAGCAGGUGAGAAGUGCAAUUAAAGAUAGUGGCAUACUCAAUGAGUUCCCUGGUAUCAAGACAGCCCACAUGCCUCGACCGCCCGACUUCAACCAGCUCGUUCAGCUGGCAGACGACAGCAUUUAUCAUCAUCCUGUCCUUGCGUCUCUUGCGAGCAACCCAUGCGGGAUGCCGUUGUUCGUCGAACAAAGCAUAGACGACGGACCUUGUUACAAACAAGCUACCGUCGGUGGCAUCAUCCAGCUGUCGGACAAGUUCUACUACACCACAGCAGGUCAUGUUCUCAGCUCCGACAAGAACACAUACACGGAGGGCGAGGUCAGCGACGACGAAUUUGAGAUUGACGAAGACGAUGAUGAGGUGGACGAGAUGGCAUCGACAGCUUGUGAGAAAACGUGGCGGUACGCAGAGCCACCGUUCUCGCCAAACAUACAAGAUAUACAAGCAAUACAGGAGGAAUCCGAAUAUACGAGCCGUCGGGUUCUCGAGGAAGGACCUUCAUCGAGCAUUUCCAUUCCUCCACGGCCUCUGGGACACGUCUAUCUAUCCUCCCUCGACGAACCAUCAUCUGGUCUCGACUAUGCCCUCAUCGAGGUGACCAAGCCCAUUCACUGCACCGCGAACAAAAUCCUCUCUUCAUCUUUUUCUGCAAAUGGCGAAGCCGAGAUUCAGCACGUCGUCACAGACGGUCCGAAGGACGUCAAGAUCCUUAGCUCCACCUCGAGAGGAACACUUACAGGUGUCAUGUCAGGCACUCCCAUGUAUGCCCGCCUCCCUAACAGCAGUCUAUACCAGGAUGUUUACAACGUCCUCUUGGACUCGCGGUUAGAAGCCGGAGACUGUGGCUCCUGGAUCAUCGACGCUGAGUCUGGGAACUUGUAUGGACACAUUGUGGCCGGGUCCCCGGAUUCGGGUGCUGCAAUUGUAAUACCUUUUGCACGGGUAUUCGAAGACAUAGAAGCACGAGUAAAGCAUCACCCUCAUCUGCCCCUCAUCGGAGCUACAUCUCUAUACAGCAUGGAUGAAAAAGUAGACCUUGUUUCGCAUCUGCAACACACAGAGUCCGUCACGGCAUCAUCUUCUAAACCACCAUCGAAGUACGACCAGGAGUGGACUCUCGACUUGAGAAGUCGUUUUGAGAAACAGUGGCGGAUCAAACUAUUGGAUGAACUGAAACUAUCACGGGCUGGCAACCAAGUUGCUAUCGAACCAGUUUCGUCUACCGAGGAUGAAUCCACUCCAUCAUAUAGUCCACCUAGAGAGGAAGAGUUGGUUCCGCCGUACACUGCAAUUGACACUGGAAAAGGAUUACUUCUGCCGACCCAAAACCGAAGACUAGUGCGGACGCCGUUGUUCCCCCAGCUUCCAGAUUUAAACGACUGGGAGUCCCGAAAGUUCCGCAACCUUCUGAUAUCUCUCUCCUUGUUCCCAACGAAGUACGAGAACCCAGGAUUACUCGACGAAGCUCUUGCCAGCGUCCCGCUAGAGAAACUCUAUGGCGAAGCUGAAGAAGAGUCAAUGUUAUUACAGGCCGAAGCAGAGUCAUGGGGCGAUGGACGACAGCCUGAGUGGGGAUACAGUGACUGCAUUAUCCGGGCAUUAUUGAGAUGGUUCAAAAGGUCGUUUUUUACUUGGGUGAACAAUCCGGCAUGUCCGACAUGUUUGUCUCCAACCAUUGCUAUGGGGCCUACCGAGCCCACCCCGGAAGAGUCAGCUUGCAGCGCUCGUCGCGUCGAGCUCUACAGAUGUUCAAAGGUAAACUGCGGAGCAUACGAGCGAUUCCCCCGGUAUAGCGAUGCUUGGAAACUACUCCAGACCAGAAGAGGGCGAACGGGUGAGUGGGCGAACUGCUUUACGAUGCUCUGCCGGGCCAUGGGCGCCAGGGUACGGUGGGUAUGGAAUAGUGAGGAUCACGUAUGGACUGAAGUAUACUCGGAACACAGGCAGAGAUGGGUUCACGUUGAUCCAUGUGAGGAAGCCUUUGAUCGCCCAACCCUAUACGCCGAAGGGUGGAACAAGCACAUGUCAUAUAUAAUAGCAUUCUCUAUUGAAGGCGCUACGGAUGUCACACGGCGAUAUGUUCGAAAGGCCAAGUAUGCGGCAAAGCGAGACCGUUGUUCAGAAGCAGUCCUUCUGUAUGUCAUGGAUGAAAUCAAAAGUCUCCGCCGCCAAGAUAUGAGUAAGGAGGAAAGAACCCGACUGGAAGAGGAGGACAGAUUUGAACAGCAGGAACUCAACGCCUAUAUUGUUUCGACUAUCACCUCUGAUUUUAUGGCCACGGGAUUGACUCGUGUUGAGGGUUCGUCACAAUUGCUCAAGUCACGGGGAGAGACAUCAAGGAACGGUCAGAAGCAGAGGAGUGGAGGAGUGGCAGGGGGACCUUUGGUUAUCCCUUAG